AAUUAGGUCUUCAAUGUCGAAACGCAUGUUCAGCUAAAAUCUGGUUGCCAAUCCGUUCUAGUGUCGUUAAAAUAUUUGGGGGUUUCUUAAUAGGUCUUAUACAGAUAUUGUGCAUCACAUACUCCAAAUGUUUAGCCUACCAGUAUGAUGUAUUAACACAUUUAAAUGGAAGGGGACCAAUUAGAUUUUGAAGAUCCUUCAACAUCGUGCCUUGAUAAGACUGAUUCUACCAGUCAAAGUCCUACUAUGUGCCCUAUAGUAAUGGAAGCAGCUGAACAAGAAUUAAUAACAGAAGAAUCUGCUCCAGCUACAGAUUCCGAUGAAAUUGGUGUGGCAAACAUUAUACAAAGUAGUAAUGAAUACCUUCAUUUAGUUGCCAAUGAUACAUGUACAGACCAAGAGAUUUCCUCGGACGAAAGUCCUUUACUUAGGGAUGAUUGGGGCGAUGACGAUGAAAAUUGGACAGAUGACCAUAGUGAAAAUACUGAAGAAGCAUCUAGUGCCAAUGGUGUUGUUAGGAAAAGAAAAAUAUCAAGUUCAACAUUGGCAUCUGAAGAUUUUCCGUCCAAAAAACAAUAUUAUGAUCAAAAUAAUAUGACACUUGAUGAAAGACUGAUUACUAAAAUGGUGGACAAUGAGUUGCCUGUUGAUAAGGUUAAAGUACGCCGAAGUUGUAUACCGUCCAAAGAUGAUCCCCCUGAAGAAAUGAUGGAGUGGUUAAAAACAUUUACGAAGUGGUCAAAUGCAGAACGAAUGUUGGCCAUAGGUAUGUUGGUAGAUGAAUGUGAACCUACCCAAGUUCGACAUAUGUUACAACUUAUCGAACCUCAGUUUCAAAGAGAUUUUAUUUCUUUACUCCCUAAAGAAUUGGCAUUGUAUGUUUUGUCAUUUCUGGAACCCAAAGAUCUUUUAAAGGCUGCUCAAACUUGUCGAAGUUGGAGAUUUUUAUCUGAAGAUAAUUUACUAUGGCGAGAAAAAUGUCUGAAGGCUGGUAUUUCAUUAAUGGAACCCCCAGCAAAUAAACGUUCUAGGAGUCGGUAUUCAAUUAGUUCACCCUGGAAAGCUUCAUAUAUGAGGCAACAUGCAAUAGAAAUGAAUUGGAGGGUAAAGCCAAUUAAAAUGCCAAUAAUACUAAAGGGUCAUGAUGAUCAUGUAAUUACGUGUCUACAGUUUUGUGGUAACCGAGUAGUAAGUGGCUCUGAUGAUAAUACGCUGAAAGUUUGGUCUGUCACAUCUGGAAAAUGUUUAAAAGUUUUAACUGGUCACACCGGAGGAGUUUGGUCUUCACAAAUGGCUGGUAACGUAAUUAUUAGUGGUUCUACUGACCGUACUUUAAAGGUGUGGAAUGCUGAAACUGGUCAAUGUACACAUACUCUCUAUGGACACACUUCAACUGUUCGUUGUAUGCAUUUACAUGAAAACAAAGUUGUAAGCGGGUCGAGAGAUGCUUCACUCCGCCUAUGGGAUAUUAAGACUGGAGAAUGUCUAUCGAUAUUUCAUGGGCAUUUAGCUGCUGUACGAUGUGUGCAAUAUGAUGGCAGGUUAAUAGUUAGUGGCGCUUAUGACUAUUUGGUCAAAGUGUGGGAUGCAGAAAGUGAAACUUGUUUGCAUACGCUAUCUGGUCAUACAAAUCGUGUAUAUUCAUUACAAUUUGACAGUACUCAUGUUGUUAGUGGAUCAUUAGACACUAGUAUAAGAGUAUGGGAUGUUGAGACUGGUACUUGUAAGCAUACUUUAAUGGGACACCAAUCACUAACAUCUGGAAUGGAAUUACGAGACAAUAUAUUAGUUUCUGGAAAUGCAGACUCUACUGUUAAAGUUUGGGAUAUACUUACUGGACAGUGUUUACAAACAUUAUCAGGUCCAAACAAACAUAACUCGGCUGUAACAUGCCUUCAAUUCAACUCAAGGUUUGUGAUAACGUCUUCAGAUGACGGAACUGUUAAAUUAUGGGAUGUCAAAACAGGUGAAUUUAUUCGAAAUUUAAUAGCCUUAGAAAGUGGUGGAAGUGGUGGAGUUGUAUGGCGCAUCCGAGCUAAUGAAACUAAACUUGUGUGUGCAGUAGGCAGUCGAAAUGGUACUGAAGAAACAAAGUUAUUUGUAUUAGAUUUUGACGCCGACCUCAAGUAACAAAAAAAAAAAAACAAAAAUCAAAAACUCGGUAGUUUGCAUCACAUUAUACAUUUUUUGUUUGGUUAAGGAGAGUUACGAGUAUUUGGGACUGUUAUGGUACUUAGUUAAACUAAAGUCCCUAGAAUAUAUUUUAUCAGUUAUCACAUUUUAGUGUAUUUCGUUUCAGUAUUAUACUCUUUAUUACUAUUAAUUUGUCAAGGAAAGAAAAGCAUAAGGUUCCUGGUAAAAAAAAAUUGUAAUGAAAUGUUGAUUAGUGAUUUAUAGCGUACUAUAAUAAAGUUAUUCGUUAACUUGAGCAUAAUAAUCUAGUCUUUCAAAGGGGAACCUUAUUUAGUUACAGUGUUCAGCUAUACUAUGUUCAUAUUUGGUAGCAUUGGAUGAUCUGACUG